AUGAGGCGUAGAGAAUUGAAAUUUGCUGUUGGUGAUAAGGUUUUCUUGAAAGUGUCACCUAUGAAGGGGGUAAUGGGUUUUGGCAGAAAGGGCAAGCUUAUUCCUCGCUAUAUUGGUCCUUAUGAGAUUACUAGAAGAGUUGGGAAGGUAGCUUGUGAGUUGAGAUUACCGGCUGAGAUAUACAUGGUUGAUCCGGUGUUUCACAUUUCGAUGUUGAGGUUGUAUAAACCUGAUCCUUCUCAUGUAUUAAACUAUGAAGAGGUUGAUAUUGAUGAAUCCUUGGCUUAUGAAGAAGAACCAGUUCGGAUUCUGGAUCGCCAAGUGAGAAGGUUGAGAACAAAGGAUGUUGCGUUAGUUAAAGUGCUGUGGCGAAACCAUAAUACUAAGGAAGCUACUUGGGAAGCGGAAGAGGACAUGAAUAAGAGAUAUCCUCACUUUUUUCCUAUUUUAGGUAUGAGUUAA